AUGGAGGGAGAAAAGAAGAGAGUGGUCUUGGUCACGGGAGCGUCGUCCGGGCUGGGCAAGGAAUUCGCGAUCGCGUUCGCGCGGCAGGGAUCUUACCGGGUGGUGCUCGCGGCGCGCAGGACGCAUCUGCUGGAAUCGGUGUGCGAGGAGAUCGGGCACCACGAUGCCCGCUCUGUGGAGCUGGAUGUGAGCGCAAACGAGAAAUUUAUCGAUGCUGCCGUUGAUCGGGCGUGGAAUUGCUUUGGAGGUGUGGAUGUCCUCAUCAACAAUGCAGGCAUUAGAGGGCCUGUAAAGUCGCCUCUGGAGCUGGACGAAGACGAUUGGAACAAAACCUUUAACACGAACACGAGAGGUACAUGGCUGGUUUCCAAGGCUGUCGCGAGGAGAAUGGUGGCCGCCAAGAAACCCGGCUCGAUCAUCAACAUCUCCUCCACUGCAUCAUCCGGUGGCCUUCUUCCCGGCGGGAUCGCCUACGCUUCAUCCAAGGCCGCCAUCAAUCGCUUGACUCAGAGCAUGGCCUUGGAGCUCGGCAAGUUUAAGAUCCGAGUAAACGCCAUCGCAGCUGGGAUCUUUCGAUCCGAGAUCACCGACAGCCUUCUCGACAAAGCCUGGGUCCACGACGCCGCGGCCAAGAUCGUUCCGCUGCUCCGGUUUGGACAAGUAUCUCCCGACUUGACGUCUCUCGUGCUCAUGCUUGCGAGCGAAGAACACUCGUCUUACAUCACCGGCCAGAUCUAUCACGUCGAUGGCGGUCACACUUUGCCUGGGAUCCGACUCUGGUCAUCUCUUUGAAUUGAUAUGUUUGCGUCUUUCGUCCUUUUGUCAACGAGGUUGACCCACCGGUGAAGUGAGAAUGAGAAAGGCUUGUAGGUGCUUGUUGAA